AUGCGCUUCGGUUAUAUUCAUUUAUUUCAGGUCGUCCUGAUCCUCUAUAGCUUCACGACAAUCUCUUCCAAAUUGGAGUUUACCAACAUCAAAUGCAUUUCCCACGAUCCCGAGUUUUCCGACUUUGAAUAUUGCCAUCUAAAGUCGGUGAAUCGGAGCUAUAAAUACUUAUCCGUUAAAGUGAAACUUUAUAAAAUUCCCAUCACCAAAAUUAAAAUAAACUUUGCAUUGUUCAAAAGAUCUAAUGGAUAUAAGCCUCUUCUGUACAACAUUACUGCGGAUGCCUGUAGAUAUCUGAAAAAUCCUAAAUCUAACCCAGUGCUGACAUAUAUGUACGGAUUUUUCAAAGCACACUCCAACAUGAAUCAUUGUUGCCCUUUCGAUCACGACCUCAUUGUGGAUAAACUUACUACCGACUUCUUUAAUACGCGUUUAACGGAGUUGUUACCAUUUCCUGAGGGCGAAAUACUCUUUAAAUCGCACUGGUUUGCCUAUGAUAUUCUGCGAGCAUCGGCAAGCAUUUAUUUUACAUUAUCUUGA